CACAGUUCUCUCACCUUCUCGUCUUCAGCCUCCUAGCUUCAGCUACAGCCAUGAAUUCCGUACGAGUAGUCAUGAUGGUAGCAGCCUCAGUCUGUGUGCUCGCCGAGCCAGAGCCAGGCUUCCUGGGAGGCCAAGGGGGCGGUCAUGGCGGAUCAGGAGGUUAUGGCAAUUCUGGAAGUCCAGGAGGGUUUGGAAGUUCCAGAGGAUUCGGUGGAGGUUUUGGAGGCCACGGUAGCUCCGGAGGUUCCAGAGGCUUUGGAGGAAGCAGCUACGCCAGCGCAGCGGCCGGAGCACCCUCCGCAUACCAGGCAGGCCAGCAGCUGCCCUACGGGGCGGGAACCUUCGGCGGUAGAGGAGGUCCAGGCUUCGGACCCCAGGGAUCUUUCGGGAACGGCCGAGGUUUCGCCCACGGCCAGGGCCAAGGUCAACAAGGAGGAUUUGGAGGUCGAAGUCAAUCAGGAUGGAAUAAGGGGCUCGGUGGUCAGUUUGGUGGCAACCAAGGAAGAUCCUUCAACCAGAAGUCUGCACCUUACGGAGCCGGUACUGGGUUUGGAGGAAACGCUUGGUGAUACGGAACCUUCAAGAAUUUGGACUUUUAACUUUAAAGAAUUUUGAAUUUAUAAUUUCACUAAUUUUAUUGUUUUUUAAAUAAUUGAAUUUUCAAGCUUUUGUACUGUGUAAAUUGAAUAAAUUGAAUACAUUUUUCAUAAA